AUGUCUUCAUUUGAUCCGGCAAACGGUGCCACCAGUGCUAUCACUGCUGCUAUCACUGCUGCUAACAAAAAGCAACGAUUGCCCCCUCCAAUUGAAAAGUUGUUGGAGCAAAAAGACAUUUGUACGGGCAACAUCUUGCCAUUUCUGGGUGUAGGACACUAUGCCUUUGUGGGAGGAGUCAAAAAACUGUUCAACCAACUCUACAAGGCUUACUGUGAUUCUGUCGGUGGUCCUAGUCAUACAACCAGUGACAGAGCUGCAUUCUUCAACGUCUCCUGUGCCAAAUACUGGGAUGUGGACAAUGACAGACGCCCAACUCCCUUUCGUGACCGAAUUUGCGAAUUAAUUGCCAAGGUGUGUACGGCUGCUGCUGAAGGAGGGCAUCUUGACAUUUUGAAGUACGCUCAUCAACAAGGUUGUCCAUGGGAUGACUCGGCGUGCCGAGCUGCUGCCAAAAAUGGUCAUUUGGAUGUUUCGAAGUAUCUUCAUGAAAAUGGAUGCCCCUGGAACGAUGGAGUGUGUGAGGCUGCUGGUGGUGGUGGGCAUCUUGACAUUUUGAAGUAUGCUCAUCAACAUGGUUGUCCAUGGGAUAAAUAUGGAUCGGCCUGCCGAGCUUCUGCCUGCAACGGCAAUUUGGCUAGUCUGAAGUAUGCCCAUGAAAAUGGGUUCCCCUGGGGCACUCAGACAUGCCCUGUGGCAGCCAUGACUGGCCAUUUGGAUGCUCUGAAGUAUGCCCAUGAAAAUGGUGCCCUGUGGAAUAAAAAGACAUGCCAUGAUGCUGCUCCAAGUGGUCAUCUGCACACUUUGAAGUACCUGCAUGAAAAUGGCUGUCCAUGGGAUGAAAAUGUAUGUAGUGCGGCUGCCGAAAGGGGUCAUCUGCACAUUUUGAAGUAUGCUCAUCAACAUGGCUGUCCAUGGGAUGAAAAUGCAUGUUUUGAUGCUGCCAGAAAUGGCCAUUUGGAUGUUUUGUAG